UUGUUUGAUAAAAACCGAGCUAACUAGGCGUUAGAAAGAGCCGCUAACGUUAGCUCGCUGGUCAAACGUGACAUUUGAUACUUCGGAAGUUACAAUGAUAUCAAACUGAAAGUCACCUUGUAUUUAGUUAUGAUAUUACAAUCUAUGAUCAACUUUCAGGCAUAGUCCUAGGUUCUACAUACAUAAAGACAGCGUAAGGAGUCAGUAUGUUCAGUUUUUUCGGACAUCGUAAUAAAGACUCUUCCAAGAAGUCAUCGUCAGAGGGGGAUACAGAUGGGUUCGUGAUAAUCGGAGAAACUGUUGAGGAACAGAGGCAGAAGAUCCAAAACGUGAACAUCAGCAAACCAUCAUGUAACGUCAUUGUGCAACCAUCAAAGUCUUCCAGUGCGACACCUUCCCAGGCCCACCACUCUCCAGCCCCCGCUCCACCUUCCAUGAUCGCCCCAUCACCAGGGCCCAUGUGGAAGCCCCCUGCGCCCAUCGUGGAGGCCCCACCGUCUCUCCCAGAGCUACUAGGAGAUGUCCCGUUCACCCUGGCCCCCCAUGUCCUGGCCAUGCAGACAGGGGGUCCCGGGUUCCCCCUCUUUUCUGAGAUGCUGAUGUCCCCCCGAGACAUCAACCACAAUCUGGCCUCCUUCACUUAUGACUUCACCCUGGAGAACUCUGUGCUAUGUGACCAUUGACCUGUCUACUUUCUGACUGUAUGACCUCUGACCUUUUUGAUCUGUCAACCUCUCCUCCAAUACCAACCCUUUGUCAACCCUGGGUCGUGAUCAUUGGGCAGCAAACAGAAGAAAACGUACUGAAACAGGGCAGGACAACCUGGGCUUGCCUAGUAAGAAAGGCACAUUUUUGUUUAGAGUUUAGCUACAUGUGCUCUACUGAACACAACCUUGGACUGUCUUGUCUCGUUACCACUCAGGUUUAGUUUCAGUUCCAUGGGGCUCUGUCUGAGAAUGGCAGUACUAUAAUUAAUAAUAAACCUGGUUCUGGUGAUGAUCAGCAUUAGGUGGGGUCAAAACUGCACCUGCCUGCAGUGAUGUAGGUACAAACAGUAUGUAGGUAGAUGGGUACACAGAGUUCUACCUUUUUAAGAUUGCGGACUAGGAAUACUAGUUAAGCAUGUUAAUCACUUGCUGAUGCAUGUCAUAGUAGUGCUGGUUCACUGUUUUAAGUGUGUGUGUGUCAGAAGAGCGUUAGCUUCAUGUCUGAUGAUAGGAAUGCUUGAACAUAGCUGAGGCUUGCAUUGAAGAACAGAGUCAGGGUCUAGAAUCACCUGCUGUUGUUGUUGGUUUAGGAACUGAUUUACCUUUUGGGUUUGCACUAAUGUACGUACCAGACAGAUUUCAAAUCGAAUCUUAGGAAGGAAAUUACUUCUUUAUCUGGUUAUGUUUUUUACCCUGGUGUCCUCACCUUUGCCAAUGAAGACAUUUCCAAAAAGGUUUGUGUAGCAUAAGCAUUUCUACAAUGGAACUUUGUAGCUUUUUGAUAAUGUAUUUAAAAUGUAAGAAUAUAUAUCCCCUAAUUUUCAACAGUUAUUAUCAGGAGUGGCCUUCUCUUUUGAUCAUCUUCAGCAUGGUAUCAUCAUGUGUUGUAACCUCCCAAACAUUGUAUUUGCUAUUUAUUCUGUUUUAGUCUGUUUUUUUAACAGACCAAGUUUCCUCCAGUUCUCAUGGCACAGUUCAGAUUUGACAGUGUUUCAAGGAAUCCUGUAAUAUACAGUGCCUUCGGAAAGCAUUCAGCCGUCCUUGAUUUUCCCCCCACAUUUUGUUACGUUACAGCCUUAUUCUAAGAUGGAUUAAAUAAAACAUUUUCUCAACAAUCUACACACAAUAACCCAUAAUGACAAAUUGAAAACAGGUUUUUAGAUAUUUUUGCAAAUGUAUUACAAAAAAUAAAAACUACGUAUUUACAUAAGUAUUCAGACCCUUUGCUAUGAGACUUAUUGAGCUCCGGUGCAUCCUGUUUCCAUUAAUCAUCCUUAGAUGUUUCUGCAACUUGAUUGGAGUCCACCUGUGGUAAAUUUAGUUGAUUGGACAUGAUUUGGAAAGGCACACACCUGUCUAUAAGGUCCCACAGUUGACAGUUCAUGUCAGAGCAAAAACCCAGCCAUGAGGUCAAAGGAAUUGUCCAUAGAGCUCCGAGGCAGGAUUGUGUCGAGGCACAGAUCUGGGGAUGGGUACCAAAAUAUUUCUGCAGCAUUUGAAGGACCCCAAGAACACAGUGGCCUCCAUCAUUCUUAAAUGGAAGAAGUUUGGAACCACCAAGACUCUUUCUAGAGCUGGCCGUCCGGCCAAACUGCGCAAUCGGGGGAGAAGGGCCUUUGGUCAGGGAGGUGACCAAGAACCCAGUGGUCACUCUGACAGAGCUCCAGAGUUCCUCUGUGAAGAUGGGAGAACCUUCCAGAAUGACAACCAUCUCUGCAGCACUCAGGCCUUUAUGGUAGUGGCCAGACGGACGCCACUCCUCAUUAAAAGGCACAUGACAGUCUGCUUGGAGUUUGCCGAAAGAUACCUAAAGACUCUCAGACCAUGAGAAACAAGGUUCUCUGGUCUGAAGAAACUAAGAUUGAACUCUUUGGCCUGAAUGCCAAGCGUCACAUCUGGAGGAAACCAGGCACCAUCUCUACGGUGAAGCAUUGUGGUGGCAGCAUCAUGCUGUGGGGAUGUUUUUCUGCGGCAGGGACUGGGAGACUAGUCAGGAUCGAGGCAAAGAUGAACGAAGCAAAGUACAGAGAGAUCCAUGAUGAAAACCUGCUCCAGAGCGCUCAGGACCUCAGACUGGGGUGAAGGUUCACCUUCCAACAGGACAACGACCCUAAUUACACAGCCAAGACAAUGCAGGAGUGGCUUUGGGACAAGUCUCUAAAUGUCCUUGAGUGGAACAGCCAGAUCCCGGACUUGAACCCGAUCGAACAUCUCUGGAGAGACCUGAAAAUAGCUGUGCAGCGACGCUCCCCAUCCAACCUGACAGAGCUUGAGAGGAUCUGCAGAGAGGCAUGAGAGAAACUCCCCAAAACAGGUGUGCCAAGCUUGUAGUGUCAUAUCCAAGAAGACUUGAGGCUGUAAUCGCUGCCAAAGGUUCUUCAACAAAGUGCUGAGUAAAGGGUCUGAAUACUUAUGUAAAUGUAAUAUUUCAGUUUUAUUUUUUUUAUAAAUUUGCAAAAAUGUAUAACCUGUUUUUGCUUUGUGCAUUGUGUGUAGAUAAGGAUUUUAAAAAAUCAAUUUAGAAUAAGGUAACAUAAAAAAAGGUGGAAAAAGUCAAGGUUCUGAAUACUUUCUGAAUUCACUAUCUAUAUACUGCAUUGCACACAAACAAAUGAUCUUGUGAACAAUUACACAUUGUUAACUCUCAAUCUCAUUUUUUGGACUGCUGUACAAAUGGCCAAGAGAAGCCAAAUCAUAAUAAACUGUUUAUUUUUAUGACAAUUAUUUUGAAGUUAACUAAUUAUGAGUAGUUAACUCAUAAUACAACCACUCAAGGAUCUGAAAAGAUGGCUCAUAAGUUGCACUGGUAUUUUCAGUGCAAUGUUGUGGUAUUCCACAUCAUGUGAAAUCAUCCACAGAUGCUGCGUGUGUACAGGCAGCUCAAUUCAAAUGUUUUAUUUGAUUUUACGAAUCAGAUCAGCUCUUUUUGACAACAAAAAAAAUCAGAAUUUGGCCGCCUGUGUAAAGUUACUUUCUACUGUAUACAUUAGGAAAUGUUUGGUAUUGACCUUCUCUGGACAAUCCUUUGCUAUGCAUAGCUGGAAACCAAGUCUAUUCUGUCUGUCUGUCUGUGUUAAACGACACUGUGGAUUUUCCCAGGCCUCUUCCUCUCUUUGUAAGUCAAUCACUGACCUAACCUUGCAUGUUUCAUAGGCGUGGAAAUAUACACUUGUUUUCUUUUGUAUUUUGGGGAGGUUUGAGUAACUUUAGUUUGUUUGGUUUACUUGGAUGUAUUUUGGGGGUUUACUUACAAAGUGGUUCAUUUUAUGUGGUUGUGCAUGUUUGCUAUUAACAAGACAUAGUUUUUUUUAUUAUUUAAUUUUCUUGUCCUGUUUAUUUUUUUGUCAUUUAACUGAGGUUUCUCUAAAAGUGGUCGACCUGUAAAAGCAUGAGUACUGUAUUUUUAUUAGUUUUUUAUUAGGAAAUAUGUUGUUAUUGGGUUAGAAUAUGUUUUACAUGCUCUAACCCAAUGACAAUAUAUCCUCUAUCUGCCCUACUUACCUGCUUCUGUUUUCAUAAUGGCCGUACCUGAGCAUCAGCCAAGUAUUUGCACAUUAUCAUGUACCAAGUACUCAGUGUUGGGGAAGCUACUCUGAAAAUAUUGUUACCAAUUACUUCACACUGGAAGAAAGUAAGCUACACUAAAGCUACCCUUAAAAAAAUAUACAGUUUACUUCACUAGUUAUUUUGAAAUGGUAGUCCACUACAUCCAAAUGUAAAUCUGAAAUGUCAUAGUUGAAAAAUGUCAAGAACAGAUCCCUCUGUAGUCCGAUGUUAACAGAAUGUAAUUUGUCCUAUUAAUCAAACUAUUUUUCAAGUGAGAAUUGGACAGGUCUGAUGCUGAUUUCACCCAUAUUUUAUUUUUGCAAAAAGAGUAGUAGAGUUUAGUUCUAGUAGUUAGCUACACCACUACAUGGCAAAAAAGUAUUUAACUACUGAAAAUACUACCUUGAUUUGAAUUUAGUUCAACUACCAGCAAGCUACUUCAAAAUGUAGGUAAAUUACUAGUUGAACUACAUGAAGUUCACUACUCCCCAACACUGCAACUUCAAAUUGAUAUUAAGAGUUUAUGAAGGAUGUUACAUGCAAUAGUACAUCCGGUAAAUCUCAACAUUCAGUUGUGGGUUCUUUGAAAAUGUAGCCUACCUGUGAAGAAGUUUGAAUGGCACUUUAAAAUCGAACAAUUUUACAUUGUGGUAUAUCUGGAAAGUUUACACCCCCUUAUUCUGAAUCCGGUCUUCAGCUUCACUUCUUUUUCAGUCCUUGUCCAAUGCCUUUUAAACUUGCAAUAUGCAGAAAUGGCUCUGCAUAUUGUGAUGUCACCUCUGCUAAAAAUCGAAUAGUUUGCAAAAUAUUGUGUUUUCAGCCGUUUGAAGCUGCUGCACAAAACCAAAAGUAAAAGAUGCAAAAGACAACUUAUAGUGCACAUGGACCAGAUCUACCACUUCUUCGUAGACUUGCUUUCAAUGAGAGUGACAUACUGUAUCUAUGACUUAUAUUUCUAUGUGAAUUUGGUCGGUCGCCCAAAAAGUUACAUAUUUGCAGCCAUUGGUGGAAAAAGUACCUAAUUUUCAUAUUUGAGUAAAAGUAAAGAUACCUUAAUAGAAAAUGAAAGUCACCUGGUAAAAUUCUACUUGAGUAAAAGUAUUUGGUUUGAAAUAUACUUAAGUAUCAAAAGUAAAUGUAAUUUCUAAAAUAUUCUUAAGUAUCAAAAUCAAAGUAUAAAUAAUUUAAAACUCCUUAUCUAAAGCAAACUAGAUGGCAUUAUUUACUUGUUUUUAUUUAUUUAUGAAAAGCCAGGGGCAUGCUCCAACAGUCAGACAAUAUUUACAAACUAAGCAUGUGUUUAGUGAGUCUGCCAGAUCAGAGGCAAUAGGGAUGACAAGGGAUGUUCUCUUGAUAAGUGUGUGAAUUAGACAAUUUUCCUGUCCUGCUAAUAAGCAUUAAAAAUGUAAUGAGUACUUUUGUAUGGACGAAAAAGUACAUACUUUUCUUAUGUAGUGAAGUAAAAUUUGUCAAAAAUAUAAAUAGUAAAGUACAGAUACCCCAAAAAACGACUUAAGUAAAAAUACUUGAAAGUACUACUUUACACAACCGAUAGCAACUGUAACAUUUUGGUUCUGUAUCUGCUUUGUUUUUCAAUCGUAUAUGCAUUUGAUUGUGAAUCAGCUAUACAUAUAUAUAUUUUUUUUGUAUGUGGGUGAAAGAACUUGAUCAAGUUUGUACAAAAGCAGGCUAUUAAAACAUGUAAAAAAAUAUUGGGAUUAUUAUUGUCUUGUUGGUAGUGAAAAUAUAUAUGGUGUUUAAAGCUCUAAUAAAUGUAACAGUAUUGCUUCUGUCUGUUUUAUUAGUAAAGCAGUAUGUGGAUUUUUAGGAGGGAUCUAGCUACAGUAUUUUAAUAUUUCAACUGUGCAGUGGUUGUUUCAAUUUACGAUGACUGGUAUAAGAAUAACAUUGCAGUUGUCAACAACAGAAACCCAGACGACCUUUGUUUUUCUGAAGAUUGUGCACCACCCAUUUCUCUGAGAUUUAACUCUCAAUUUGAUGGGCUUAUGUCUGUUAAAUUGUCUGUCCUUAAUGGUGUGCCCCAAGGCUCUGUACUUGGUCCUCUCUUAUUUAGACAAUGUCCAAAAUGCACAACUUCAUUUUUAUGCUGAUGAUACUGUUAUUUACUGUUGUGCAUCGUCUCUUACAAAAGCUUUCCAGAACUUGCAAACUGCUUUUUAUACUUUACCAUGGCACUUUGAGAUUUAUUUUAAACUGAAAAACCCUUACGCACCACUGCACUUUGUAUACCAGGGUUGGCUGGCCUUCUCUAGUCACUCAUAGGCUCAGUCACUGGUAUACUUUUAUUUACAAAGCCAUUUGGGGUUUACUACCUUUUGAUUUGGGCAUUUUUAUUGUUCAGAAAUGUGGUGGGUACUCUCUUCGUUCGCUGGACUUUAUCCUGCUAACUGUUCCAAAUGUCCGAACUGAAUUUGGUAAAAGGGCUUUUAUGUACUCUGCGCCAUUGUCUUGGAACACCUUACAAAAUACUUUUAAACUGGAAGAACUUGUCCCGAUUGGUGUUUUUAAAUCAAUGAUGAAGGAUUUUGAUGCUGAUUCCCUGACCUGUCAAUGUUUUUAAUUUGCUGUUUUUGAUUUUGUUAUACUCUUGUGAAUUCAAUGGUUUUUACUAGAUUACUUGUAGUUUUUCAUGUCUGUCUGUAAUUUUGUAAUGACUUGGUGCUGCCUAUCUUGGCCAGGACGCUCUUGAAAAAGAGAUUUUAAAUAUCAACGAGCCCUUCCUGGUUAAAUAAAGGUUAAAUAAAUAAAAAAUAUAUACAAAUUAAAAAAACUCUGCAACCAA